AUGAUUCUGCAUUCGAAGGCUAAUCUCGAGUGUCAGGUUAAUUCUCCUUCUUCUGAUACUAAACAUUUGGGUUUUGCUGUCCAACUGCGGCCUGAGUUUCUGUUUUUAAAUGACUUAAAUAUCUCGACUCUUGUAAAUGAUGGCAUCUUCUAUCGUGACACUAUUAAGUUCGAAGUUAAAAGACAUACAGCCCAUUGGUUGACCGAACAGCCAAACCUCAAGACGACGUUGUCGUUCCACGCCACUCUAUUCUCUUAUGCCGACGAAACGGGUGCUGGAUCUGGUAAGAAAACCGAGUUGGAAUUUACGACGAUCCACCCC